ACUCAUUUUCCUCAGCAGGAAAAAAACAUGAAGAAAAAAUAAGAAGAAAAUUAAAGAGGAAAAAAAAGGAAACAGAAAAGAAACUGAGGCAGAGAAUAUCAUAUAGUACAGAUCUCCAUGCUUUUCUUCUGAUAUUCUUCACCGUACAAUUCCUCCUUCUUUGACUCGGCUCCAUCAUAUUCUUCAAACUGCUGUUGAGAAAGGGAGAGAAAGCUUGUUUGUGCUGCUCUCAAUGGCUUCUCGUGGCAGAAGGGGAGGAGGGCAGUCCAGUUCUCGGUCCGGGAGGAACCGUGGCAUCCCGGUUACUAGGCACUUCAGCAGAGUUCUGAAUCCUGAAAUACUUCAGCUCAAGAAGCUUUGCAUCCCGAAUAGGUUUGCGGCCAAAUACGGGAGUUAUCUAUCAAGCCCGGUACUGCUCAAGGUCUCCGACGGGAAAAUUUGGAAAGUCGGGAUAAAAAAAUGUGGUGGAGCGAUAUGGUUAAGCCGAUGGAAGAAGUUCAUCAAAAAUUACUGCUUGAGGGAGGGAUAUACAAUGUUCUUCCGAUACGAGGGGUACUCCUGGUUUCAUGUGGUGAUAUUGGAUGGUGCUGGGAUGGAGAUUAAGUACCCCUCAAGAUCGAUCCAUAGGAAGAAGGCUAGGGCUGCAACGCAAACUUUCUCGCAGGAAAUGGAAGAAUCGGUCAUAGACAUUGGAAAUUCAACUGAAGAGGGAUCGGGUGAUGAAAGCGAUGACCCAUCCCAGUCUUCGACUUCAAAAGUGAAAGCAGUUGAGUCAAGGAGGAAGAAGAAGUAUAGGAUGAAAUCACGUUCAUCACCAGGCCCUGCAGAUGGUGAAGGUGCUCCAAGGUGGGGCAGAUCGCGAAAUUUGAGCAGAGCUCUUGAAGCCGCUAAUCAGUUCAAAACGAAGAACCCUUCCUUUCAGGUUCAGCUACGGGAGUCUUACAUGACAAGUGGAGGCGUGAGUAUAUGCUCAGAUUUCAUGUUGAAGAAUGGUGUAAAGCGGGAACCUGAGUCAUUUGACAUGGUGACACUGAAGCAUCCCGGCUCUGACCAACGGCGCUCAUGGGCUGUGAAGAUGUUCACCUACGAACCAGAGAAACGGGGCAAGUUGUGCGGUGGAUGGGCCAAGUUUGUUGCCGACAAUUCUUUACGUGUUGGAGACGUCAUCAUAUUUGAGCUUGUUGAUACAAGUGUGUUCCAUGUGCACAUCUUCAGAAGCUCCUCCAGAGCCACCCCCAUCGAAAUCGAGUAGCCGAUUUCAUUCCGAUCUGAAGUAGACCUUGGUGGAUGACUUAAGAAGUAUUUUCUGUUGCUCAGUUAGUUACUUAUCUGACUAUCGAACAUAGAAUGAUGAAAACUUCAUUGAUGCUGAUGAUUCUACUGCUUGGGACAGAAAACUUAUAUUAUUAAAUAGCUCGUGUUUUACAAAUUACUAGCAUUUGUCAGCGUAAUGAAUCUAUUUGGUGACUCUUCUCUUUAUCUUUUAAUGUGAUUGUGGGUUUUAAAGCAUUGAUCAAGCAAACA